GAGGGUGUGAGCGAACCGCGCCUCCAGUCGUAAGUGUUGUUUACGGGGGAAACGACGCGCCUUCGAUAUUCGAAUUUCGCGCGUAUUUAGUUACUUUUUUCGGGCAGUGUUGUGAUUUUAUAAGGAUUUUAAAAAUGGCGGAUGAUGGCGGCGAGAUGCCAGUUCGAGACGGAACCAAGCGGUCGCUGGUCGGCGUCAUCGACGAUGGCACCAAGACUGUUAGAUUUGUGAUAUUCGAAGCCGAGCGUUCAGAGGAACUCACAUCCCAUCAGCUAGACAAAUCGGAGAUACAACCUCAAGAAGGAUGGUCCGAGCAGGAUCCUAUGGAGAUCAUCAACCACAUACGAACCUGCGCCGAGAACGCUGUCGGGAAGCUCACAGAACUAGGAUACUCCAAAGAAGAUAUCGUCACAUUGGGCAUCACCAACCAGAGAGAGACCACAAUUGCCUGGGAUAAAUACACGGGGGAGCCUUUGCAUCCUGCUAUUGCAUGGAACGACAUCCGCACAGACUCAACAGUGGACGCCAUCUUAGCUAAGGUUCCCGACCGCAACAAGAACUACCUGAAGCAGAUAUGCGGCCUGCCUAUCAGCCCGUACUUCAGCGCGCUGAAGAUGCGCUGGCUGAAGGAUAACGUAAAGGCGGUGCGGCGGGCAAGUCGCGACAAGCGGCUUAUGUUCGGUACCGUCGACACCUGGAUUAUCUGGAAUCUCACUGGUGGUCCCAAAGGCGGUCUCUACAUCACAGACGUGACGAACGCUUCAAGAACUAUGCUCAUGAAUUUGGAGACACUCAACUGGGACCCUAUGUUGUGCAGACUAUUCGGUAUACACCGGGAAUCGUUACCUCAGAUCUUAAGCAGUGCAGAAAUAUACGGCGAAGUCAAAGAUGACUCCGUCCUGGAUGGCAUCAGAAUAUCAGGAAUACUAGGCAACCAGCAAUCCGCGUUAGUCGGGCAGAACUGCAUGUCUCCCGGGCAAGCGAAGAACACUUACCGCAGCGGCUGCUUCCUGCUGUACAACACCGGGCCGCGCCGCGUGCACUCCACGCACGGGCUGCUCACCACGGUGGCCUACAAACUGGGACCCACGCAGCCCGCGCACUAUGCUGUUGAAGGAUCAAUUGCAGUAGCGGGCGGCGCGAUGAAGUUUUUACGGGACAACUUAAAGCUGAUAGGGGAUGUGUCCCGCGACACGGAGCACAUAGCGGGACAGGUAUUCUCUACUGGGGACGUGUACUUUGUGCCGGCGUUCAGCGGCCUCUAUGCGCCCUACUGGAGGAAGGACGCUAGGGGAAUCAUUUGCGGUCUCACAGCUUUUACAACGAAGAAUCACAUCAUUCGAGCCGCGUUGGAGGCUGUGUGUUUCCAGACUAGGGACAUCCUAGAAGCUAUGAACAAAGACUGUGGCAUGCCGCUGUCGAAACUGCACGUCGACGGCAAGAUGACGUCAAACGACCUGCUGAUGCAACUGCAAGCCGAUCUGAUCGGCAUUCCAGUCCUACGCGCCCACUCGUGGGACAUGUCGGCGCUGGGCGUGGCCAUCGCGGCGGGGUACUCCGCCGGCGUGUGGAGCAUCGACACGUGGCGGCGACAGGCCACGCACGCCGACACCUAUCUACCCACCACCACGGACGACGAUCGCGACGCGCGGUACACUAAAUGGAAGAUGGCGGUGCAGCGCUCGCUAGGGUGGGCGACGACCAAAAAAUCCAUCGCUAUGACAGAGGAGAGGUACAGACUUCUGGCAUCUAUUCCAGCGACAUUAUAUAUUAUCGGAAGCUUUACUAUGCUAGUCGUUGCAAGUAUGCUCAACAAUAGUUGAUAAGCCGUUUAUAUCACUAUUACAGUAAUCUAAGCUAAAAGUUGUAUGCCAUACGAAUUGAACGUAGUAUCUUGAUUAGUGAUAGGCGAUUGUUCCAAAAAUUACCAAUGGACUUAUUCGAACGAUUCCAUAAAUACUAUCCGAAAGAUCAUUCGUCAUUCGAAUGAAAAUUAAUCAUUCGAAUUAUAAUUCCCUAUUGGAAUAUUUUUGACCAAAAUAAUUUAUUCGAAUAAAAAAUUGAAUUAAUAAUUCAAAUGAUUUUAUGAUUACGUGUGAAACGUGACAUUCAUGGCUGUUUCUAUUUUAUUUAAAUAACACAAUUGUAUUUGUUAUUUGUUUAUUUUAUUGCAUUUUUGGUCGCAAUUAAAUUUUUACUUUUAUUUUUGAAAGUUACAAAAUCGUGAACAGCGUAAACAAAUAAUUCGAAUAAAGCAAAUUAAUUCGAAUGCUUAUUUUUCAUUCGAAUACCCCGUUCCUAUAAAUAAAUAAUUGUAAUACCAUUCGCCCUUCACUAAUUUUAAUUUAAUUAAUCCAGUCACUUCUAUAGGAUGUUGUGAAAAACCAAAUUUGUUAAAUGCUCAAGAUGUUUCUUUAAUAUGAGUACAUUUGAAUUAACUUCUUGUACAAUUUUCGCUUGACUUUAUACAGAGUGAUUAUAAAGUGAUAGUUAAAAAAGUAUGACUUUUGAAUGGAAACGUGACUAGCGAAUUUAGUAUGAGUAGUUAAUUUUUAUAGUCAUUUAUUUAAUUAUUUUUAGUUUUAAUUGGUUUCUUGUAACGUCCUAAGCUGCGUAGGUAUUAAAACAUACACAUAUGUGUCAAAAUCUAAGUCUAUGAUUCAAAAUAAGUUGGAAUAAUCAAUCUUAUGUCGGUUAUGGUUGAAAGAUGAAUAUAAACGUGUUAAUAACGGUGAACGACAAUAAACAUGGAAGCAGGGAUUAUUAACGCCAAAACUCACUCAAAAAACAAAACACAAUAGCAAAAUAAUCUAUUUGUAAAUAAACUAUUUGUCCGUGAUUUUGAAGCCCCGCCCCCCGCGGUAUGAUUGUCAUUGCGUCAUUUUUGAGCCACAAGAAUACUAAAUAAAUAAAUAAUUGGCCAUUUUAUUUGACAGGUCGAAACAUAUGAAAAUGUCGAGUCGAUUACAGACUGAGCCUGCUUAGUAGAAUGAUUGUCAAAUUGUAUAAUAUAUUGGUCUAAUUCUAAUAGUCUGCAAUGGUGCUAAUUCCAAACAUUUCCUUUUUGUUUUAAGUUAAAAGGUAUGGGCUUGUCUUCUGGAAUCAGCAUCGUUAUCAACAUCAUCUACAAAAACUCACAGAUAUCUGACAUAAGAUUGACUAUUUAAUGUCUUAGUUCUAAACUCAACCGACUUUGGUAGCUAGAAGCUAUAAGUGCAAUGUACGUAUAUGAAUUUCAUUACUAUAAAUAAAUCAUUCAAUCAUAAAGAAUUCUAUAAGAAUGUAGUUAAGAAUCAUUCAAAUUAAUUUAUUAUAACUAAAAUGACAAUUAAGAAUCAUUCAAUAUAAUUGUUCAAUGUUGUAUUUAAUACUAUAUCAUCUCUAGUUAUGAAAGUUAACUGUUAGCAUGUGUUUAUAUUCAGAUUCACGCAAAGCGAAUACUAAGAGUCGCUUCCGUCUGGAAGAAGAUAAUUUUAGUUUAGUUUGAUAGUUGAAAAUCUAUCUCUUUCUACUGAGGGUCGGCUUAUACUAGGGCUGAGUUGAUCCUAAAUUUAAAAUAACAAAUUCAACCUUCGAAGAAGAUUGUAAAAAGAACCAAUCAGCGUUAGUCGCAAUUUCUAAAUAUGAAAAUGCGCACGUCAUUUUAAAAUCUCAUAAGUAAUAUAUGCGUUACUCUGCGGAUUUUAAGGUUCAAUUUGUUAUUUUAAGUUUUGGAUUGACACUUCGAUUCCUUAUGGUAUUAACCCUAAGUGUGAUGAAGGACGACCUUCAUUUUGGGACUGUCAAACUAAAUUAAUUCGACGGAAUUAGAAAGAAGCAUGUAAAUAAAAAACAUACAGUCAUAAAAAUAUAGGUACCUGUGCAAUCGUGCAUAUCACAUGUUAUACAGAAUUACUCUUGCUAUAGAAUAAUGUGUAUCUAAAACCGAAUAAAAGUGUAUAAUAUAAACUUUCAGGAAAUAACGAACGUCCUUUUUUCGAUACCAAUUACAAUUUUGAUUUAAAUAAUCUUAUACAUACUGUAUCUAAUAUAUUAUGUAGAAAUAUCCAGUUUAUAUCUGUAGGAACAAAAUUAAUUCAGUUUUAAAAAUAACAAUAAAUAAAUAAAUACACAAAUUAAUUAUGAAUAGUUUUGUUAUUUGUUGCAUUAAUUUAUGAAACUGAUAUUGUUAUUAAUUUUUACAAAUCAUUCCUAUUAUUGCAUUGUAGUGAAAUUUGCAUUUGUUAAUGUUUUUACAUCAAUUUGUAAUUAAUUAUUGAUAAAUGAUUUUUGAAAGACAAUUUUGAAUUUUAAUUUAAGUAAUUUAAUUUUGUACUUAAUUGUUUUGUGAGUUACCAUUUAGUUGUAGCCUUUGGGUAUUUUUAUCAGAAUAUUUUGUGGUUGUUUAUAUAUUUUGUUAGAGUAAUUAUGGUUGAUCAAAAUAUUAUUUGAAACGUUGUGUGGAAUUGUUAUUUUAUUUUUAUUUAUUCAAUUAAUUCUAAAUUUUGAGAAAUACAGACUAGUGGUAUAUUUACAGACUUUUGUGUAAAUAUUUUAUAAAUAGGUACCUACCUAGGUACUACUUACAUAUACAGAUAUGUGGCUAUUGAUUUAUAUUUUCCAAAUCAUAAGUAGUAGGAAAUGUUGCAAUUAUAAAUUAUUUGUAAAAGAAUCGCCAUUUUACUUCAGCCGUAUUCAAUUAAAUCGUUCCUAUAAAUAUG